AUGGACUUGACAAGUAGCACCGCCAUGUGGUGUGCCAUUGUGGUCCUUCUCGUCAUGUUAUUAGCCACCCAAAAGAUCUCAAGAGCUAGAAGAAUGAGUUGCAUUGAUCCACAGUGUACAAGCCAACAACUUCCACCCGUGGUGAAUGGAGUUGCUCUCCUGAGACUAUUACCUACCCUCCUGAAGGAAGGCCUGCCUUCUAUGGCUAAUGAUCUGUAUGUCAAGUAUGGCAGUGUCUUCACAGUAAGUUCAUUUGGACUCAAGGUAACACUAUUGAUCGGGCCAGAGGUGACGGUGCAUUUCUUUCAAGGUCUGGAGUCAGAUAUUAGCCACGGCAAUCUGCUCGAGUUCACGGUGCCCAUGUUUGGCAAAGCGGUUGGUUAUGGCAGAGAUAAAGCCACGCGAAUUGAACAGAUGCGCUUCCACACUGAAGCACUGAAGGCAUCAGGGCUGAGGAGCCAUGUCCAUCCCAUGCUUCAAGAAGUGGAGGGUUACUUUGCGAAAUGGGGAGAGGAGGGCAUAGUUGAUUUAAAGCUUGAGUUCGAGCAGUUACUCAUGUUGAUCUCGAGCUGGUGUCUACUCGGAAAAGAGGUUCGGGAGAACAUGUUUGAUGAGGUCCAUGCACUUUUUCAUGAGAUCGAAAGCAGUAUGACCUUGAUCAGCUUCUUGUUCCCAUAUCUCCCUACUACAGUAAACCGGCGGCGCGAUAGGGCGCGGAUCAAGCUAACACAAAUACUCUCUGACGUGGUCGAGUCCCGUAAGAGCUCUGGUAGAGUUGAGCAAGACACACUACAAAAGCUAAUCGACUCCGAGUACAAAGAUGGCAACCCUACAACGGUAGCAGAGUUAGUCGGGCUUAUCAUGUCAUUGAUAUUUGCUGGGAAACGCACAAGCUCUCUCGCUAGCACUUGGACCGCAUCUUGUCUACUCAGCCAUCCGGUCUUCUUGAGAGCUGCCAUUGAGGAGCAACAACGAGUCACCAAGAAAUACAAAGGUGGGCUAGAUUACAAUGCUUUUUCAGAGAUGGAUACGCUGCAUAGCUGCAUCAAGGAAGCCCUAAGGAUGCACCCUCCAGCAGCAAUGUUGGUUCGCAGGACACAUAAGCCCUUCACGGUGGAGACAAAGCAAGGCAAACAAUAUGAGAUCCCUCAAAACCACAUCGUGGCAACUCCUACAAUAGUCAACAAUAACAUCCCUUAUAUAUACAGGGACCCUCACGUGUAUGAUCCAUAUCGUUUCGGUCUCGAAAGAAGAGAGGACAAAGUAGGUGGCAAGUUCUCGUACACUUCAUUUAGCGGUGGAAGGCACAUUUGCGUUGGGGAGGCCUAUGCUUACAUGCAACUUAAAGUGAUAUGGAGCCAUUUGUUGAGGAACUUUGAGCUCGAAUUGAUCUCUCCUUUCCCCAAGACAGACUGGAGCAAGAUCUUGCCAGAGCCACAAGGAAAGCUAUUCAUUAGAUAUAAGAGAAAAUAA